AUGAAGUCCGUUCUCGCCCUCGCCCUCGCUUUGGCCGCAACCGCUGCAGCUUUCCCAGCUGCUGGUAUCAAGGCCCGUCAAGUAGCCGACGAAUCCCUCUCCUUCACCGGCGUCGCCAUCCGCUCCGGCAGCGACAUCCAGUACGCUCCCAUCGCAGCCAGCGGCACAAACUUCUGGUUAAACAAGGACACAUCCACCUACACACCCGACAACAUCCCCGUCAACACCAACGCCACAACCAGCACCGUCUUCACUUCCUCCCUCGACGCCGACACUCUGGCCCUCGACGUCACCGUCCCCGGCGGCCAGCAAGUCUACGUUUCCGCUGAUGGGGCAUUGAAGUACACUGUCGCUCACAGCGGCUCCACGGGUGAAGGCUCUACAUUGCAAGGUUUUGGAAUUGUGGAUGGACAUUUGGUGUUUGAGGGUAAUGACUUUCUUGCUGUUGCUACUAAUGAGACUUCGAAUAUUCCUGAUGGGAAGGGGACGGCGUAUCAGAUUUUUGCUGCGAGUAGGACGGAGUUGACGGGACAGGGGUUUGCCGUCCGUGUUAUUGGGUUUGAGGGGGAGAGGGCUUGGGAGUAUGCUUAG